AUGCUCGCUCCACGGGCUCUCGCCAAGCUGCGUGCCAUAACUAUAACACGACCCCGUCCCGCCAAGCACCAGCAGCAGCAGCACCUGCACCUGCACUCCCAUCCAGCAAUAAUACCAUCAUCGCUCACCAGACCCCAGAGGAGAAGCAGCAGCAGCAUCGCGACGACGACCGCCGUGGCAGCAGCAGCAACAACAAUGGACUACGCCAGCAUACCCACCCCGGAGGCGUGCUACGUCGACUUUUGCCUCAUUCCCGUGCGUUUUUGUGAAUUCCCGGCCCCCCGUUUCCCCUUACCCCGUUCCCCUUGCGCACCGCAGAGGAGCGUGGUGUGUGUGUAUUGUGUGUACGCUGGGAUUCGUGGUCGCGUUGACUGA